CUUAUAUGGUUUUGCUAGAAGUUUAAAUACCUUUGGGUUAAGUGUUUGAUGAUAGCCUUAUAUGAAGUAGCAUCAUUAUCUCUCUCCUUCACGCGGACGUCCACUUUUCUCCUACUCCACCCACCUUCACUUCCCCUCCGUCGAGUCAAUCUCCCUAUUCCAUGUCUUGAGUUUUCUUCCGUGGAUUUUAAGAAGACUCAAGGCUCGGACUUGUCCGAUUCUGGUGCAAAAACUUCACUGAUCUGGUAUUGUCCUGUUGUUUGUCAAUGGUGAGUUCGUGGGGUUUUUCUUCCUCAUUUUCUUAAUUUGUUAAAGUUAUCUGGGUUAAAAUCUGUUCGUUUCGACUCUGUUCUACAGUCCUUUUGGUUGCUGCUCUGGGGUGUUUAGUUGCUGAAGUUACUCAAUUCAACCCUUAAAAAUUCUGGUGAGCACCUUCUUUUCUUGAUCAUUACCUCCGUUUUUCAGCCUUAAGAGCCCAUGUAAAGGCUCAGUUUCUGCCUCUUAAAUCUGGUUAAAUUCUGGUGUGUUUUAGGUGCUAGUUGCUGUCAUUUUCUGGUGCAUUAAGCUGCCGAAAUUCUGGUUUGAAAACAGUCCGAUUCUGAUCUGAAUUGACAGCCUGACCUUGCAGUAGUAUUUUAACCAUAACUUUCUCUAUGGAUGUCAGAUUGCGGUGAUUAUUGAAGCUAUAAAAGCUAAGAUACAGAAUUACAAUUCUUCUAUUGAGCAUUCAACCCAGUUGGUUGUUAUCUAGGUGAAAGUUCAGUUGCAAAAUCCGGUUUCUGAGUUAGAUCAGAAUUUGCAGUUUUCUGGGCCAAGGUCACCUCUGAGUUUUAGGGGCUGUUUCCCCUUUAUUUAGCUCAAAAUUUUCUGCUGGUUUCCUUUUAACACUCGAUAUAUUUCUUCUCAAUCUUGGACAUGGUUUCGUGCAGCCUUGAGUCCUGGGCAUACUUUGAAAUUUUCCAUGUAAAGACUUGGUGAGUAGCAACUCUUACAAUCUUAGUUUUAGUAUAAAGAUUCUGGGAAUAUUAGUUUGUUGAAGUAUGUUUUUGGUUGGCGAAUCAAGGGCUAUCCGGUGGUUAGAAAUAAUUGUUCUUGCAUAGUUGUUGGUGGAUAUUCCUCCUGCACUCUACCGAGUUUGUUCCUUCCAUGUUGGUGGGGUAAAAUAAUUGUGGGGCUACCGAAAGGUGAAAAUAAGGAGCUGUUUGGUUUAAUGGUGGGGAAGGUCUCAGGGUUGAGUCUUUAAAGAUUAAAAUUCUGGUUUAUAG